AAACGUAAACAUAGUUUGGAAAAAUAUAAACAGUUUUGCGAUUUAUCUCUUAUUUGGCUCGUCGAUGUUUCUCCUUUGAUGGCAAGUGCCCUUAGAUGGUCAAAAAUGAAGGCCAGUUAUGGUUCGAAGUCCAAAUUUACCUUUGAGAAUGUCAACACUUCAUAUAAAUUACCACGAAUUAUCGGGAAACCUGAGAUAAGUUACUCAGCCUUGAAACAGUUAUGCUCAAUCGAAGGGCUUGGAAAUAGAAGGAACAAUUCGUCCAAAGAUGCACACGACACGUUCAUGAGAAAUUACUCUACGAUUCUGAAAUCGUCCGAAGAAAAAUUACCAGCUCUUGACCUCAAACCCCACGCUUCAAUUGGAAACGGGAAACUGGAUCAUAAUCCAAAUGAUGAUGUAGAAAUACCACAUGGUCAUCGUCCAGCUCAUUACUGCGCAAACUACAGCUACUCCAUAAGUCACAAUAUCACUGAACACCUCUCCAGGCUUCACAAACAACACCUUACACAAACGAGGGAUGGCAUACUGCAUUCUAAAUCACACGCAUUGAAAAGGCUUCUACGAAAAUUACCAUUUGAACGCACCCGUGAAGACCAAGAAGCAAUUUACCAUCACUUGCAAUAUUUCACCGAAUUAACGUCACGAAUUCCCUUGAAAAUCUUACGAGAGCUUUCCACGGUUGUCCAACUAGAAAAAUGGAAUGACAGUGGCUACACAGUUUUUGGCCUCAACGAACUGUAUCUUAUACUGAGAGGGAGUGUAGGACCAUGCAGUGAAAAUAACGUAGGGACUUUGAGUGAGUCUCCUAGAGUGAAAUCUCUGCCAGGAAUCACUGAGGAUCCAGAAAGCAAAAUUGACGCCGAUUUGGAAAAGUUAGUUGCUGGCCAAUGUUUUGGGACGUUGCAUCCUGUCGAGACAGAAAACAAUUUUGAACCAAAUCAUACAAGGAUGUCGUCCGUGAUUACUUUGGAACCUUGUGAAUUUGUUAAAAUUUCGGCAAGAGAUUUUAAGAAAAUGAAACAGCUUGUUGACAGCAAAAUAACGAACCAGAAUUUGGAACUAAUGCAGUCAUGUCGGUUGUUUGAAAACUGCUCCAAGGUCGCUUUGGGAAAGAUCGUAGACUUGAUUCGUUGGAAGCGAUUUCGUCCAGGAACAGUUCUAGUAAACGAGGGAGAGACGUGCCGAGUGAUCGGAUUCAUCAGUGAAGGCAUUUGCAAUCUGAAGCGAUCUGUCGAUGUUGCCAAAACAAACAGAGAUGGAACGAAGAAUCGUAGUCAGAAACAAGUUAUCAUCGGCACAUUGGCACCUGGGGAUUCGUUCGGAGAGUGCACUGUCCUUCGAAAACAACCAAUAACUUACUCCGUGGUCACUGCAACCCACGUUCAUUUGGGUGUGAUUUCACAACAUGAUUUUAAUGAUGUUGACGAGGUAACAAAGUCUCUUCUCACACAAUGUUAUGAAGCUCUUGACCACAACUUGAACGAGGAGGAUCUUCAGAAACAGUAUAUUAAGCAACAAAAACAACAGGAAUGGCAAAAAUUUAAGAGAAGUGUCGUUGAAGAAGUUAUUUUGCAUUCUUCAAUUCUUCCUGGCUACGGAAAAUGGAGUCGAAAUCCGACAAUAGAUGACGUUGUGAAUCUUGGGUGAAUUCAGACGAAAGGAAAUAGCAUUGAUUUGAUGCAGAAGAAAAAUACUUCCUUCAGUUGUUUGCUGUACAAUCAUAGAACUGCUUGCCUAUAUCACGAUAUAUACUAGUUAUAUAUUGCCAUGUAUCUAUAAGCUGAAUGCCAGUCGAAUGCUUAAAUCGAGAUAAGGCUUCGAAAAAUGAAUGAAGUGAAAUUGGGAAAUCGAAAUUAUACUAAUAUAACAGUGUGUGAUAGCUUGAACGAACAUGUUUAGUAUAACAUAAAGUAUAAUUAUCACGCCUUAUACCAAAUAAUAUAAGUGAAAUGAAAUAUACUUAAAUAUAAAGUUAUCCUUCUCAUGUAUGCAUUCCUGAGAAGUAUAUGUAUAUAUUUAAGAUAUCACAGUAAGUUUCAUGCUGUGGAAUUCGCAUUAAAUUAGA